UGCUUUUUCUCAUUUUCAGCCAUGUCUUUGCCGAGGGGCUUUGCCAAUGAUGACGCAUAUUUUCGAGCUGCUGUGGACUUCUUGCAUCAGCACUCGUGGAUAUAUCGCGAGGCGAAUACAAGUUGCCUCAAGUCAUUCGAUGCUAUGCCUGGUUAUAUGAAGGAUUAUUUCCUGGAACUAACAAAUGAUCAGCUGAACAUAUUUCCAUUUGUUCAGGAGCCUUUGGGGGAAUGCCCCAAGGAGGUGUUACGCUUUCGCCAAGAGAUUGCGAAUUUGACACCCACGCAAGCAGCUGCAGCAGCACCUGCAGGCGACAUGCCAGGAAAUGCUACCAGGAAUAAUUGCAAAAUGUCAACCAAAAAGUUGCAUGAAAUUGAUAAGUUGGCCACACACAUUCAUGAGCAUUGCCCAGAUACAAAGUUCAUAGUCGACUUGGGCUCUGGGCUGGGCUACUUGAGCGAAGCACUACUCAAGCUGAAUGAUAAUUACCUGAUACUUGGCCUGGAGGCAGACGAGAAGCGCGUACACACAGCGCGUCAACGCAGCCAGACCGCAGCUAAUGCAAAUUCGAUUAGCUACGAACAACUAUUUAUUACAGCCGAUGCCAGCUGCUGUGCUCGCAUUCAGGAAUAUGCAGCUGCGCUGGGGCUGGAGCAGGCGCCCACUGCGCUAAUUGGUCUGCAUGCCUGUGCCGACCUGAGCAUCAGUGCAAUGCUCUUGUUUUUGCGAAUGCCACAAGUGCGUUGUCUUCACAUUAUGCCCUGCUGUUAUCACAAGCUCGCCUUGAGCGCGGAUGCCUGCUCGUUCGUCAACUUUCCGCUGAGUAGAGCUCUGAAGGAAGCCAUGUCGACAGUUUCAGCUGCUUGCUUCAAUCGACCCUUCCUGCGCUUGGCCUGCCAGCAGACUAAUUCACGCUGGCAAAGUGACGGCCAGGCCCAUGUGGAGCAUGGCAAACAAAUGUUUGCGCGUGCUUUGGCCGCAGCUCUGUGCGAUGACGACGAGUUGACUAGAGUCAGGCGGCCAGGCAAGGCACAGACUGACUGCCACGAUUGGCAAACGUUUGCCAACAUUAAGCACAAAUAUCAGCUGCACUCACGACAAACGGGCCUUGCCCUGGACUGGCGGCCCAUACAUGAGAGCCGCUUUGAUGCAAUUAGCCAACUCUAUGCCAACGGUCGUGGCGCCUGUUUGGCGGAGGCUUUGACUUGCUUGCAGGCAAGCAUUCAGCUGCUGUGCGAGAAUGUCCUGUUGUACGACCGCUUGUGCUAUCUGAGGGAGCUGGCUGCAGCGCAGCAAUUGCGCCUGACGGUGCGCUAUGAGAAGCUGUUUGAUGAGAAGCUAUCGCCACGCUGCCACGUUCUGAUUGCCGAAAAGUUGUGAUGCGGGCGGAACAGUAGAGAGCCAAGACAGCUCUCUGAUGACAUUUUUGCCAAUGCCACUUAAUACAAUUAGCAAGCACUUCGCCUCUAGCUUAAAAUCUCUCCCUCUCUCUCUCUGUUAGGAGGUGGAGUACUGCGGCGUUUACCGCUAUCCGUUGCCAACAAUUAAAAUCAAUGCCAGCUAAGGGAAACUUUUGCGUUACGCCGACUUAAUUUCUAUCAUUUCUGCAUUUGUUGCCUGCUCAAGAAAGCAUUUCACGUGUAAGUGCUCUGCCUUUUUGUGCUCAUUACUUGUAUCGGUGCGGGCCUGGCUAUGAUAAUUAAAUUUCUUGUACUACUUACGGCGACAAACGUGCCGCCUACAAACAUACAUCACCUGUACCUGUACCUGCAGCGCCAGGUGUAGGCACAGCAAAUGUGUCAGCCCGCACAAAUGCAUUAGCACAAUGGAAAUCGCUUUAUUAUGGCCAAGAUUUUUUCUUACGGGAAAGACAUUUAAGAAUUUAUAUAGUGAGUGAGAAAUGUGAAGAUGCGAUUUAACAAUGGCCUGAAUGGCCCCUAAAAAGAAUAUGUAAAAAAUAAUAAACCUAAAGAUGUUGGCCUAGACUGCAUGUUCAAUAAGUU